AUGUCCGACGACAAAAAAGACGGAGAAAACCCCGAAAAGGAGCACAUGCAGUUGAAGGUUCGCUCUCCGUCCAUUCUAGCCCCUUUCCCCCUCCCCCGCUGCUCCCCCGCUGCUGCUGCUGCUGCUGCUGCUGCUGCUGCUGCUGCUGCACGGUUUGCCCCUCCCUGCCCCCCCCUGGCACGUACGGCGGCCGCGUCGCCGCGGCCCGGCCCCUCCCCCCCUCCCCUCCCGCUGCAGCAGCAGCAGCAGCAGCAGCAGCAGCAGCAGCAGCUGUGCUUGCAGGACGGAAGCGAAGUGUACUUCAAAAUAAAACGCCGCACCAAACUCGAAAAACUCAUGACGGCCUACUGCAACCGCCUCGGCCAGUCCAUCGACUCUGUGCGUUUUCUCUACGACGGCGAGCGCCUCAAGCCCGAGAAGACUCCCCUCGACUUGGGCAUAGAGGACGGCGACGUCAUCGACGCCAUGGUCCAGCAAACUGGGGGGGCCCCGGGGGCCCCUAAGGGGGCCCCUAAGGGGGCCCCUGGGGGACUCAGGGGGGCUUGGGGGGCCCCUGGGGGCCCUUUGGGUGUGAGGCCAGGGGGCCCUUGGGGGCCCCCGAAGGGUACUCAGCAGGGGGCCCCCAGGGGCCCCCAAAGGGUACCCUUGGGGGCCCCAAAGGGUACCCUUGGGGGCCCCCGGGGGCCCCCAAGGCACCCUGGGGGCCCCCAAGGCGGAUGA